AUGUUUCUGAGAGCGGUCUGCCAGAUGAGCCAAUUUGAGAAUCCUACCAGCGAAAUUACCCUGUUUCCUACCUGGGAUUUGGUCAAGAUUGUGCAAGUCAAAACAAAAGCCUGUUCUCAUUGGGCCGUCACUCGUCCUCCCCGCUCCAUACUAACCAAAUUACUGUCAACCCAAGAACUCUGUCAGUGGGUGUUCUUACUUUUACCACUCUCUAUAGUGUGUAAACUCCAUUCUAACAGCUACUGUGGAGAGUCGUCUGAAUGGAAAUGUCUGGACUUACGCAGCAACAGCAACAUGGGGGUCUCAGAACAAUGUCACAUGAAAACAAAAAUUGUUCCCCAUCAAGGUUCAGGGGAAGGAUCCAGAAAGCUGUCUCAGAGAUUUCAGCUGUCUGCUUCCACAACCAAGAAACAUCUCAGAUCAACAGAAGUGAAGACUGAGACUGAAAGUGCAGCAGGCAACUGCAUUAAAGUCUUUGGAAAGGCUCUUCAUGCCCUGUCCCGGAUUAGCGAUGAGGUGUGGUUGGAUCCCAUGGUUAAAGGGCUGGCUCUGAGAUCAGUGAAUUCUGCUCAGUCUGCAUAUGGGUGUUUCCUCUUCUUGCCAGUGUUCUUCCAGCAGUACAGCCUGGGAUCAUUUUCAGAACAGAACAGAAAAGAAAUAAAAUGCUAAAUGGUCAUGAAGGUAAUGUUACCACUAUUUCGGUGUCUGUCCUCCAUUGAGCAAUGUCACAUAUCAGUCAACACCUCCCCUGACCAAGUAAUAAUCCAGUUUUUCUGCAGACAUGACAUCACUAAAACCCAUAACUUGGGUUUCCAGGAAAGUGGGGCUCUACAAGCAGUGUUUGACGCCCACCUCUGUCCCAAUGUGCUGACAGCUCCUGCUAGGCUCCUCAGUGAUAUGGUGAUGCACUUUUCAGCGUUUCAGGAGGAAGUCACUGUGUCCAUGACUCCACUGAAAGUCUGUCUGAGAAACUACCAUGAGGAACGAAAUGUUCACACGAAGGUGAUGCACACCGAGAUGUCCUUACAUCCAGAUGAGUUUGGAUACUUUCAGAGCGGAGAGGACUCAGACAUAACCUUCUGCCUGAAGGAACUCAGGGGCAUAUUGGCUUUUGCAGAGGCUCGAUCCCUUCCUGUGUCCGUCCACUUUGGUGCAGCGGGAAGACCCGUGUGUUUCUCUGUGCAAGACAUGAUCCUAGAGGCCACUGUAAUUCUUGCCACUCUUACUGACACUGAAAGCCGGACUCCAUCCCAACAUCCACAAACUCCAACCUCCACUCCACCCAGCAACAUCCAGUGUGACAAUCCUGAUGGGGAGGAUCUGAUCAGAUCCAGCCAGGGCAGCCCGAUAACCAACUCACCUGACCUGAUGCGGCUCCUGCCUCGGAUCAGCACACCUACCAGCCUCAGUGAGGACUGUGGCAGUACCGCCACUACUCCCGUCUACCUGACUGGAAAUGCCUGCUCUCUGCUGUUUAAAGCCGUGUCCACUGAGCACCAUGAUGGCGGCUGUGCAGACACACUUCCUGUUCUUGUGUGUUGCAGUGAUGAAGAGAAAAGUGAUGAAGACAGCUUCUCACUGUGAGCUCACAGCCGUCACACGUGAUGUUUGUUACAACUGGAUUUAAUUUCUGCCCAAACUGGUCAGAUAUUCUCCUGAAACUGGGCUCAGGUACAUCUCAUAACGUGUGACCAACUUUGUGAGCGUGUGUGUCUGAUGUCAGAAGAACCUGAGACAUCGAUGGUUCUGGUUCUGAACAUCUCAGGCUCAGACAUCCUGGCUGUGUUGAGGAUGUUUUAGAAGAACGUGUUAAACUACUGAUCAGAUAGUGUUCACAUCUGUUACUUGUAAAUAAAAACAACAUCCCUGCAUUCUUUAUUUAAUCUCUUCUGUAACAUUUUGGAGAAAUUCUGAUAAGCUCCUGAACAUCUAGAAGAGAACUUUGACUCCAAGCUCCGCUGUGGACAACAGCAGAUCCCCUAACGGGCUCUGCUCUGGACAGGACAAACAUGACUGUCCUGCUUCAGGUCCGCUGUGGUUUAAAUCAAAGCAGAUCUGUUGCCUGAAAGCUCCAAAGUAAAUUCCCCUGUGUCAACAAGCCGCACAACAACUUUCUAUGUUGUGGUUUUGAUUUUGUUGCAGCACCUGCACUCGCAGCGCUGCCUGCAGACGUGUGCAACUUUCCCAUGAAUAUGAAAAGCACAGGCCCGUAAAUAUCCAAGAUGGAGGUAACUAAGCUACCUUGCAUUUGAAUACGGAAGUCAGAAUUUCCUAGCUUCCAGCAAUAAAGUUCAACUCUGGAAUUCUGAACCUACGUGGGAUCAGCUGGCCCUAACGGCACUGGCAGCAGGUCACACCAGAGAUGGGAACCUAUGGGUGCUCCGGGUGGUUGUCGGCUGGUGUAAUAAAGGCUUGAACAUGAACACGCCUGGUGUAUGUCCACACAUCAAACUCCUGAUUCCUCACUCACACUGGGAUGGGAUUAUACCUCUUAAAGUGUGUGAUGUGGGCUGCGGCACCAGAAUA